CACUGCAAGGCGUCGGUCUUGGACGGACGAAAUAAUCAUUAUUGUGUCGUACAAGCCAACACUGUUGAGAUUUGAGGAAAACGUAUUUUUUCCCAAAUGUCUUCAAGUUGCUAUUCUGAUAUCCUCCUUGUUCUCCCGGAUCUGUUUUCGUCAUUGGCUCCUCUCGGACGAUAGGAUGAAAGGAUGGCUAAGCAAGGAGAUGCGGACGAGGGAGAACUGAUAGACCCUGCGGUCCAGCAGGAUGGUCCGUAUCCCGGGCUGGCAAAGAUGGAUGGACGACAAGAAGGAGACGAACUGUCUCUGGAGGAGAUUUUAAUGCUAUAUAACCAACCGAUCAACGAGGAGCAAGCUUGGGCAGUGUGCUAUCAGUGCUGCCGAUCGUUGGCGCAGGGACAUGGAAGGAGAAAUUCUACCUCCGCCGCCGGUGCAUCUGUGGUGGAUUAUGCGAAAAGGGUGGAAGGACCACGGGAUGUGAGGAUUCAGAGAGACGGGGCUGUUUCUAUACAGUAUGAAGGAAGCGCAGGUACGCAGAUACAACGUAAAUACAGCCUCUGCACAUCAACAGAGGUGAUCGAGUCUCUGGGCAUCAUGAUCUACAAAGCUCUGGACUUCGGGCUGAAGGAGAACGAGGAGCGCGAGCUGAGCCCGCCGCUGGAGCAGCUCAUCGACAUGAUGACCAACAUGGGGGAGGCGGAGCGCGAGGCGGAGAGCGAGGCCUGCCCCGACGAGGGCUACGAGGCCACCGAGGAAGAGGAGGAGGGCGAGGAUGCCGACGGUGUCACCCUCUGCAGCACCCGGGGCUACCGCCACAUCCUCAGGAUGUGCACGUCCCACCUCCCCAGCCCGGCCGACGCCCCCGUCCACUACCAGGCCGUGUGCCGAGCGCUCUACGCUGAGACCAGGGAGCUGCACCUUUUCCUGGAGAAGAUCAGGAGUGCCAAAGAGAACCUGAAGAAGAUGGAAGGGCGACAGCAAGCAGAGGACCCUAGCAGAGACCUGAACGAGCUUCAGAAUGAUGACUGGGCGGUGUUCUGGGUCCAGGUGAUGCGCGACCUGCGACACGGCGUCAAGCUGAAGAAGGUGCAUGAGCGCCAGUACAACCCCCUCGCCAUCGAGUUCCAGCUGACGCCGUACGAGAUGCUGAUGGACGACAUCCGCUCCAAACGCUACAAGCUGCGCAAGGUCAUGGUGAAUGGUGACGUCCCUCCGAAGUUAAAGAAGAGUGCCCAUGAGGUCAUCCUGGACUUCAUUCGCUCCAGGCCUCCUCUCAACCCUGUUGCAUCCCGUAAGCUGAAGCCCCAGGCCCAACCCCCUCCCACCCUGCAUGAGAGGAUCCUGGAGGGGAUCAAGUCUGAGAGGAAACUGAGACCGGUGUCUCCUGACGAGAUACGCAGAAGCAGGCUGGGUGCCUAUCUCAGCCGCAGUACCCCCCAGGAUCUUUUCCGUACAGAUGGCUUCACCCCUGAGAUGACCCGGAAGACGUCCAGCACCAUGUGUCUGGCCAACGGCUCCCUGUCGGCAAACUCCAGCCCCAGGGUGGGCUCCAUGGCUGGCGGGCCACCAGGGGGCUCCGGGGGCUUGACCCAGAGGAAGAGGCUCCUGAAGGCCCCCCGUCUGGAGGAACUAGUCAGCUCCGACUCGGAUGACGAUGAGACCGUCGGGGGUCGGAGGUCGGCCAGCAGCUCCAGCGUGGCCACCUCCGCCGUGGACGACACGUCCCCGGAGUCUGUACUCGGCAGGAAGACCCCCCCCAUGUUCCUGCCCAUCUCUUCCACCCCCCAGCCAGAGAGGCGGCAGGCCCCCCAGCGGAGACACUCCAUUGAGAAGGAGACCCCCACCAACGUCCGUCAGUUCCUGCCCCCGUCGAGACAGAGCUCCAAGUCUCUGGAGGAGUUCUGUUUCCCGGUAGAGUGUCUAUCUCUGACAGUGGAGGAAGUGAUGCACAUCAGACAGGUGCUGGUGAAGGCAGAGCUGGAGAAGUUCCAGCAGUACAAGGACAUUUACAACGCCCUGAAGAAGGGAAAGCUCUGCUUCUGCUGCAGAACCAAACGCUUCUCCUUCUUCACCUGGUCCUACACCUGCCAGUUCUGUAAAAGGCCCGUGUGUUCUCAGUGCUGUAAAAAGAUGCGUCUGCCCUCCAAGCCCUACGCCAGCCUCCCUAUCUAUUCCUUGGGGUCUACCAACACCCUUCCCAGGGACCGGCUGGCUGCCAUGGCUGCCGUGAGAGCGUCAUCGGCGGCAGCUGGACGAGGAGCAGGAGGAGGAGGAGCAGCAGGAGGAGGAGCGCUCCGAGGAGCUGCAGACGCUGGGAGAGGGGGAGCUGGAAGAGGAGGAGUUGGAGUAGGAAGGGGAGGAGCAGGGGUAGGGGUAGGAAGGGGAGGAGCAGGGAAAGGAGGAGCAGUCCCCAAGGCUGAGAAAGCAUCCAGCAGCCACCAUCGUCCCAGCCUUCAGAAGACCAUGUCCAAGUUGGCGAAGCACGGAGGGGACAAGUCAUGUGACGAGCUGGAGCUGCCCCCGGAGCUGACGGAGGACUGGGCCACCAUGGAGGUGUGCGUUGACUGCAAGAAGUUCAUCUCCGAAAUCAUUUCCUCCAGCAAGCAUAGCCUAUCGCUGGCCACCAAGAGGGCUCGAUUAAAACGCAAGACCCAAUCGUUCUACACGUCCUCCCCCAAAGGGGCCUCGGAGUACCGCCCCUCUGAAAGGACUAUCAAUGAGAUCUGAACCGUCUCCUCUCCUCUUCGGUUGUCUUCUUUCUCUUCUCUCCUCCUCACCUCUCCUUUGCUCUCCUCUCCUCUCGCUGCUUCCAGCUCAUAUGGCACAACACUGAACUUUAGACUGGAUCUAACUCAUUUGAUCUGGUCUCAUCGUCUAUUUUGGACUGACUGUCUUUCCAUGCCAGUCAGAGGGGGUUGCUAGGAUCUGGGAGGGCUGUGGACAGUGUGGUGUGGUUGUGUGGGUCCUGAUCGUCAUCUACAGUACCUGUACUUCCAGAUAAACGGAUUAGCCAAUUUUAUACAGGAUGUACCUCUGUCGUGUAAAUACUCGGACAUUGUUUUCAUAGAGGGAUGAGAAAGGAAAGCAACUUACUAUGAGAAUGGUUGCCUCGUCAGUGCUGUGGCCUCUACAACAGCACAGCAAAGUGGUGUAAGCCCCUGAGAUGUUGGAGGGACCUACCCGCCCACAGAAAAACACAUGAGCACAAGAAUGACGAUUAAGAAAUGCACAUUCCAAUCCCUCAGGCAGCGGCAUUCUCAGACUGACAAAGAUACAUGCCUCAAUUAAGACUUUUUUAAUUGAAGAGUGAGACAUUUGGAGUGGCCUCAAAUGGGUAGACUUGGUCAAAGGAAAUGAAACAUCCACAUCUUUAUUUUUUGUGAGUUACAUUUUUGUAUUGGUAUGUAUGUACUGGUAUGUGUGAGUGUGUACAUGAUUCAGGAGUCAGAUUUGUGGUGAAAGUCUUGUUGAUAAUGACUUGUUCAGGUUAUUUGGCGUGGUGGUAGAAUUCUGCUUUCGGCCUCACAGUUAUUUCGAUGAAACUAUAAGACAAAUGAGGAUGCCAUGUCAUUGAGAACACAACAGCAGAUUGCUGUUUGCUGAUUUCAUGCAGAAAUAACUCCUCUACUCUAAACUGUUUCAAACCCAAAGAAGUCUUCUAUGUUUCGGUGUAAAUAUUAAAUAGUCUUGCGAACGUGUCUUGCAAAGAAGAUGCACCAGGAAUAACAGUCUUUGAGCAUGCUAUCUACUUAAAAGAUGACAGUCUGCUAAAUGAAUAGACAAUUUUACAUUAUCUGAUGUGGUUGAUCAGUACACAGUUGUAUGUAGUUCAUAGCAGGAUCUUACAGACCCUUCAUAGCAUUGAUGUGGACCAGCUACUAUAAAACAAUAAUCCUGUAAUGCGUUUCACUUAAAUUACCAAAAGCACCCAUAGGUGUCCAGAAGGAUUACAUAGAAUAAAUAAAUAAAAUAUUGGAUGAGAGUAUAACAAGCCGUGUAAUUAUAAACAAGGUUUUCGAUACUGGAGAGUUAAGUCAUCCUGGUCAUUCUGUCAUUCUCUUCUGACCAGUCUUACUCAUCCUGCUAUUCCAGUGUUUGCAAUCUAUAUCAUCCUACUUGUGAUUUUCAAUUCCUGACAUGUGCUUCACAGCAAUCAAACCAAGAAGCAUCUCUAUCGCCACAAUCGCUCCUCAGAAAUACAAACCCAAAACUAACUUUGUCCCAGGAAAAUAUACUCAUCUUAUGAAGCCAUUCUCCAACUUCUUUUAGAUACUUGUGUUGUCAUAUGCUUCAUAUUUUUCUUUUGUUAGGAAGUUAAAUAUUCGCGGUUGUUAAAGAAAAAAUAGCAUCAGAUGUUCUGGAUAUAAUCAUCUCAUGUAAUGAUUUGCAGAGUUGUUUCAGCUUCAUAGUAAUGUUAGGUAAAUAUAACGAUCAAAAGCUUCUAUAUUAGCUGUUUUGGUUUGUGAAAUUAUCCCCUUUUUAGUUGUAUUGGUGGCACAGAAGCCUAACAAUGCUAUUUAUGCCGUUCAACUCAAAGCCUCUAAAUAAUGCCUUCAUGAAGUUGUAUUUACAUCCUGCAUUGACAACUUUCUGUACAGUUUUGAGUAAGAAUAAGGCAUAUUUUGGGAGUUCAGGAUGUGUCCAUGAAAGUGUCUCUAUACAGUAUGAUGAUAAGCCAGUCUGUUAAUCUGCCUUAAACACACUGCCUUUUUUCAUUAUCAUAUUAUGUGAGGAAUCUAAUCGUGACCCAGCCAUAAUCAUCACCAUGCUGUGUACGGUCUCUCUACUGUGUUCAUCAAACAGGAUGAUGUUGUCUUGAACUCUAGACAGUGUAAAAAACCCUAGUUGAGAAAAUCUCUCGCACAGGCUUCAACAAGUUAAAAAAAAGACAGUUUGAUAGUAUAAUGCAUACCAGAAACCCCCUAAUGUGACAGCAGUAUCAUGCAUGACCUGCUGUGUACUGCACCUAGUAUCUAUGGGCUGUCCUACCUUCCAGCUGUAAAUCCCUACUGAGAUCCUAACAGAUCAGAGGAAGACUAACCAACAAUAAACGUGUAAUGCUAAACAUCUU